UUUGGCUCAGGCGUGGAAUUCGCGGUGCCAGGGAUGCGGCGGCUCCUCCGCUCUUAGGGCGGGGACGGAUCCGGCCGAUGAAUUCAAACGCAUGGCACGGCUGCAUGUCCUCGCUGGCGCCCAACGGCGGGCCGGCGGUGGAACCCCCGGAAGAUCCCUGGAGCGAACAGAAGAUUCCUUCGAAGGCCACGGCUUCGGCCGAGGAGGUCCUGCGCGAGCUGGCGCCGCAUUGGAGCGCCCAGGCGAACGCACAGAAGACGCUGGCCAGCGAGAUGGUGGUGAGCGUGCAGGAUCUUGCUUUGUUGGACCGCGAGGACCUCCGGGAGUUGGGGCUGAACAUGGCGGAGCGUGCGCGGGUACUGCGGCUUCGGCCGGGCGGGCCGGGCGGCGGCUUCGCGUCUCCCCACAGGACGGGCACGGCCAGCGAGGUGUCGGAGCCCGGCGUCGGACGUAUGGAGCGGCUCAGCUCCGACCUGCUGCUGUCGACCCAGGAGCCCCGUCCGAUGCACAAGUCCAAGAGCGUUUGCUCGACGGCCGCCUCUCGCGCUGAGGAGGAGCAGAGGUUGGAUGAGAUCGAGGGCCAGGCGGACUUCUGGGUGAGCUGCCUGGCCAGCAGUGCGCAGGUGGCGCCCAGCGCCUCCUUGCUGCAGCAGGGGGACGUGCGGGAGAACAUUUUGGAGGCCUUCUUCGACUGCACCCCAGAGCGGGUCCGAGAGGUCUUCGCGAACCUGGACUCGGACGGGGACGGCCGGGUCUCGGUGCAGGAGCUGAAGGUGGGCCUGGAGCAGUGCGGCCUCACAGGGAUCGACAACGACACCUUGUCCAAGGUCUUCGAACACGUCAAGGGCAGUGCAAGGACUCUGCAUUUGCAGCACUUUGAGACCAUCCUCUGCCGCAUGCGCCUGGCUGGGCUGCUGGUGCGGCCGUGGUUCGGGAAGCUGGCGGUGCUCGACUUUGUCCCAGGAAAGGUCACGGAGACUCAGGUCGGCGGCGGCAACAUGUGCCAGUUCUUCUUUGGGCACCGGCCGGGGAGAUCCUCAGUCACCUCGCCGGUGAGGUGGGUGCACAUGCAGAACUUCGACACUCAUCAGCUUUUCGCGCUCACUGUGAAGUACACCUUGCAUCCUUUGAGCGUGGAGGAUGUUAUCGAGCAGUGCCAGACCAAGAUUGACAGGUUGGGCUGCCACUUCUUCCUGACCAUCGAGCUGCUCACUGUGGAUGCCAACAGCGUCCAAGGCCGCCAGCCCGUGCGGGUGCGAGGGCAGCACGUGGCAGCGUUUUGCUCGGGGCCGCCGCUUCUGGACACGCUUAUCACAGUCACGCAGGCAGACCGGAAGUUCAGCGAGGACUGGCCCGGCGGCGCGCCGCCGGCUCCGCCGCAGGAGCUGGCCUACGGGCCGGGCUGGCCCCAGCGCCUGCGGCAGCGCCUCACCGCCGCCCGGAGCCGGCUCCGGGAGCGGCGCGCCGACGCGCUGCUGUACGCGCUGGUUGAUCUCUGUGCGGACGAGUUGGUGGCAGUCACCCGAGCCUUUGUGACGCGGCUCACCUGGCUGGAGGAGGAUUUGCGCAUCCGCGGGGACAAGAGCCUCUUGGACCUGGGGGAGGUGAGCCUCGCCCAGCUGCAGCUGGCCACGCUGAGCCGCAGGCUGCGCAGCCUGCAGCGCUUGGUGCGGCGUGCGGGGGAGCAGCCCCAACUCAGCGUCACGGGCUCUGCGGACUACUGGAAGGAUUGCGCAGACCACCUGGAGGAGGCAUACGAAGAUACCAUGCAGAUGAAGGAGCGCUGCGACGCCCUUAAGGCGUCGCACGAGCAGGUGCAGGAGCGGGGCCAGGCGGAGCAGCUGCAGCUGCAGCACGACGAGGCGGCCAGGCAGGCGGAGAAGAUGAAUCACAUCUUGUUUUUCCUUACCGUCGGCUCAACCAUUUUCACUCCGGUGACCUUCAUGUCCUCAGUCUACGGGAUGAACUUUGCAAACGUGGAGGGCGUUCCAACCAUCCCGGAGCUGCUGGAUGCGCGUGGGUACCAGAACUUCUGGACCGGUGUGAUUUGCUACUUCCUUGUGGCUGGAUGCUGCGUGGUGCUUGUGUACCAACGUUUCCACGGCAAAGGCAAUCACCACAAGAGUUUUUGCCGCACGCCCUGUGGCUCUUCGUGCCGCUGUUGCUGCCGGUAGGUAGUUGUAAAGGCAGCAGCCGAGCUUCUGGGAGAGGUGGGCUCCAGGAAACCUCCAGCUGAGGUCUGAAACUCACAUUUUUUUCGUUUUCUC